CACAGGGCCGCGGGGAGGGGCCGGGCCCGGGCCAGGGUGAUUGGCAGCGGCCCCGUCCCCCGCGCGCCGCCCCCGCCACCAUCUGCUCGGGAUUUGGCUUCGCCGGCUCUCUCGGCGCCUCCAGCUCCGGCUCUGCUCGGGCUCGGGCUGCGGGCGCCACUGGGUGGGUCUGCUCGGCCGCGCCUCCAACCUGCUGCUCGGCGUCCCGAGCGCCGGGUCCGCGCUCCCAGCCCGCGCUGGGCGCUGAUGGAAACGGCGCGAUGUUCGCCCCCCGGCUGCUCGAUUUUCAGAAGACCAAGUACGCGAGGUGAGAGGUUCAUGAACCACCGUGUGCCGGCCCACAAGCGCUACCAGCCCACGGAGUAUGAGCAUGCAGCUAACUGUGCCACCCACGCCUUCUGGAUAAUUCCCAGCAUCCUGGGCGGCUCCAACCUCUAUUUCCUGUCGGACGACGACUGGGAGACCCUGUCGGCCUGGGUCUACGGCCUUGGCCUCUGCGGCCUCUUCGUGGUGUCCACUGUGUUCCACACUGUCUCCUGGAAGAAGAGCCACCUCAGGAUGGUGGAGCACUCCCUGCACAUGUUUGACCGGAUGGUCAUCUACUUCUUCAUAGCGGCCUCCUACACGCCCUGGCUGAACCUCCGGGAACUGGGCCCCUGGGCCUCACACAUGCGCUGGCUGGUGUGGCUCAUGGCCUCCGUCGGAUCUGUCUACGUCUUCUUCUUCCACGAGCGGUACAAGUUGGUAGAGUUGCUGUGUUACGUCGUGAUGGGCUUUUUCCCCGCCCUGGUCGUCCUAUCCAUGCCCAACACCGAGGGCAUCUGGGAACUGAUGACCGGCGGCAUCUUCUACUGCCUGGGCAUGGUGUUUUUCAAGAGUGACGGCAGGAUCCCCUUCGCCCAUGCCAUCUGGCACCUGUUCGUGGCACUUGGUGCUGGCACCCACUACUACGCCAUCUGGAGGUACCUCUACCUGCCCAGCGCCCUGCAAGCCAAGGUGUCCAAAUGAGCCGUCCAGGUACCACAUGUCGCUCUGGCUGUGCUUCUGCCAACUCCGGCCCUGCGCACGGUGCCAGGGCCCAGCCGCACUUCCAUGGGCAGCUUCUGGAGGGACCGAGCUUGCUUCUGGUGCCACCCCUGAGACCCCAGCGAGACAGCAGGCACGUAGUCAUCUCCCAGAGGAGAAAUUAACCCUAUAAUUUCUGUUUUAGACCAGAGUUUCCUAACACAACCAUCAUUCACAUUCUCAGAAAAGGUGCCAGGCCGACUGAUGAAGGACGGGCCCAGAUGGACUGCGACUUGGGGUCCUGGGAGCCCCGAGGAGGAGGAACCUGCCGGGCAUCCCCUGC